AUGAUUUUAUUCUUGAUAUAUUUUUUUCAUAGCUACUAUAACCUCUCCCCUUCAUCUAUCUAUCUAUCUAUCUAUCUAUCUAUCUAUCUAUCUAUCUAUCUAUCUAUCUCUCUCUCUAUCUAUCUAUCUCUAUCUAUAUAUCCCUCUCUCUCUCUCUCUAUCUAUCUAUCUAUAUCUACAUAUCCCUCUCUCUCCCUCUCUCUCUAUCUAUCUAUUUAUAUCUCUAUCUAUAUAUCCCUCUCUCUCUCUCUCUCUCUAUCUAUCUAUAUCUAUAUAUCCCUCUCUCUCUCUCUCUAUCUAUAUAUCCCUCUCUCUCUCUCUCUAUCUAUAUAUCCCUCUCUCUAUCUAUAUAUCCCUCUCUAUCUAUCUAUCUAUCUAUCUAUCUAUCUAUCUAUCUAUCUCUAUCUAUAUAUCCCUCUCUCUCUAUCUAUAUAUCCCUCUCUCUCUAUAUAUAUAUAUAUAUAUCCCUCUCUCUCUAUAUAUCCAUCUCUAUCUAUCCCUCUCUCUCUAUCCAUCUCUAUCUAUAUAUCCCUCUCUCUCUCUAUAUAUAUAUAUAUCCCUCUCUCUCUCUAUCUAUCUAUCCCUCUCUCUCUCUCUCUAUCUAUCUAUCUAUAUAUAUAUGUAUCAGUUAUUCAAUCUAUUCGCUGA